AUGGCCGACUACAACCAUAGACGGGCGGCAUCGGAGCUUCUUGCUUAUAGAGAGGUUUCCGGCGGCGCCGUUUAUGGCCAGGAUCGUUUUUCCGUCAGCCAACGCCCGGGUUCAGCUGGAACCCUGUUUGCGCACCCGACACCCCGGGGCCACCACAUGGUUGAUCAAAACGGAAGCAAGUACGCCAACACGAAUUUUCACUACCGAUCACAGUCUUAUGAAAGCCCUUGCGGCUGGGACGCGUACGUGGAAGGUGAGCCGGUAUCUGCACUGCCCGCAGGCCAUUGCCGAUAUGGCAGCCUAGGUCCGGCGGAGGCGCGGACACAGCACGGUCACCUGGCGCCCCCAAACUCACAGAGGCGCGGAAGCGAAAGCAGCACAAGCUCAGCGAUAUCAAACUACACAGCAGCUACGGAAGCCCCGUCAACUUGGUCAGCCUCAACCACACCAGAAGCUAUGUCACCGACAUCACCAAACAACUCUCUUUUGCUUCAGUCGCCCCCGGAAAGCAUGCCAUCGAAGGCCAGCUUGGCAACCCAGGCGCUGCCUCCUUCCCCAUCCAAGGUGCCGCAUCAAACUUUUGUACCCGGCAGAACGGCCCGAGCCCGCGCCUUUUCGCACUCCGCGCCAAAGGGCUUCCAGAAUACCGUCAUCGAGUCUUCGGUUCCAGAGGAGGAUGAGCAGACAGAGGCUGCUCGUAAUUGGAAUAAAGCGCACCAAAAUAACGCGUCUCACGGGAACAUGGUCAAGCAGCCGGCUCUGCCGUAUGUGGGCAUGACGGAAGAUGAAGCCAAAGCGGUUUCAAAUCUACGACAGCGCCGUCAACAACGGCAGCUUAAGAUUGCGGGAAAGCCGCACUCUAAGCAACCGGUAAGGCUUCGUCUUUCUCCCAUGCCGCCCCUGCCACUUCCCCAGCAAGGGUUGCAGGCACAUUCUGCGCCAUCGCCAAGAGCACUCAAGGCCAGCCGGUCUUCACCUCAGCUCCGGGACGCUGUCGGCCCGCCACCAAUAGGGCCGCUUCCUCCCCUACCAGGCGCUCCAGAGCUCUCAAAACUUUUGCCGCCAACGCCCAGGACUCCUGCGAUGCCUCCCACACCAUCAUUCGCAAACAAUGAUGCCCGGCCUCCACAUCCGACUAUGCCACCACCACCACCACCUUCUAGGCCGCCAAUUGACUCUCCCAGUCCAAUUUUCAGUCCGACAAUGACAAGUCCCUUGAUGGAGACGAAGCCCCAUGAAGAGUCCCAACCACAGGGACAGGGGAGCCCGUGGGAAGAGGAGCUUCGGCGGCACAAGAAGCUUUUGGAGCAGUUCCCGGCUGAGUCGGAGGCACGUUAUGGUGUCCCCAAGCUUUCCCGUUCGCACCGUUCUUUAGGAAACAUUCGUGCCCGCUCACGGUCUCUUUCUCGUGCCGCGGGAGCCGCUUUCUAUGACGACGCUGCCAUUGCUGGACCUCGGCUGUCUCACCGUGCUUCCUCGUUCAGCCUGCGCGGAUCCAACAUGCAACGUCCAUCAACAGCCAAAGCUUCACAAGAUGUAGAGAUCCGGGCGCCAAAAGUACAGCCCUCGCAAUCUUCAGGAAAUGCUCCACAAUGCUCAGUGUUUGAGGACGAUUCAGACGAGGAGGGUGACACUGUUCGCAAAUUUGUUCGCAAUCUUUUUACCCGCCGCACCCGCAACGGUGAGAUGCCAAUGGUUACCUCGAGCACGACGGAACAGGCUCGUGAGGUCCCAUCAAGCUCCAAGCACUCUAUGCCGUCGACCAAGCCCAGAGACACCAAUGGCCAUAACGACCGCAAGACGAACCAUAGCGCUUCGUCGAAUUUCUCUAUUGCUACGACUGUGGGUGCAAGCACAGUUUUUUCUACUACCACAACGCUUGAUCCGUCGAGCGCAGAUGCCUGCCACUACGGCUGCGGGGUUGAAUGCCCUCACGAAGGAGGGAUCUCCUCGUCACCUCGGUCGUCGUCGGACCACUCUCGCCACCACCAAAAAGGGCCUCUCCUCAGUCGCAUGUUUGUUCGCCGCAGCCAUUGA